AUGGCAACACCAGAACUGCCCCCCAACCUCGCAAGUCUCUCAAUACGGCGCAUCCUCCACUGCCAUCCACGUGAGCGACUGCAGGUGCACCCAUUGUUAUGGACCUCUCGCCAUCUCCAUCUACUGCGCUGCGAUUUUGUUGAAGCAUUACCAGGGCCUCUCUCCCCUCCUCAGUCUCCAUCGACGUCACAAGCACAGCGUCAACCUCUUUCCGACAAGAGUCUAAACUCUACCGGAAAUCUAACUAAACACCAGGGCAACAAGGCCAACCACGAGAGUACCGUCCCCUCGCCGCAUCGACUGCCGUCACCACCACAACAGCAAACAGUCCCACCGGCCUCCAAGCAUGAGCAGUGGGCGAGGACUCUGGCCAGGAGCCACUUGCUCACUAUGAAGGAGAGUGCCCUGACGAAGUUACUUUCAACCUCUUUCUUCAAUACCCGAUUGACCAGCGACCACACGACCCUCAGCUUCGAAUCAAAACGAAUUCGCUUACCUUGUCUGACGCUUGCUGCCAACACCUCAACUACACCAGGCUGUAUAGCCUACCUGGACGCAUCUGGCCUCCGUGCCGCUCGGAGCCGCUUCCUCAAGCAAUCAUGUGGACACUGGAAUCGCAUCACCCGAUCCAUCUACACUGCUCGUCUUGCCGCCUUGACGCCUACCCCAGGGGCCCACGAUCCAUACAUUGCUGCCAUCAUUACUGCCGCUGCCCAGCACCACCGACAGCGCUCGGCCUCGCAAGGCAUGGCGAGCAUCCAGGUUCAUGUUAUCCUCAGCGAUGACCACGACACGUCGCAGCUGCUUCUAUAUACGGCCAACGUCUCGCCAUCAUUCCUCGACAAGUUCACACACACCCGACGUCGUCCGUUGCCGUCCGCAACGUGUCAAGUCUACACCCGCGCGAUAGCCUACCAACCAUUCGAAUCCUUCCAACAGCGCCUCCAUGAAGCCCUUCUCACUUCACAAGGCAGUGGUGCCAACGGUGAUAGCGCAGACAUGGAAGCAGAUGGCCAUACUAUACGGAAGCGUGGGCGCAUGGACCAGAAUGAAGACGACACUGAUGAAGAAGAUGGCGGCGCGUCACGAAAGAGAGCACGCGUGAGGCGGGAAUGA